AUGGCGUUCAGCACUACUGAGGUCCUCUGCAUGUUGCUGUUCCUUCUGGCAGCUGCGAGCAGCAGAGUCACAGCUCAAACCAGGUGUAUAUUUCAGGGGGAAGAAGACUCUGAUGGUUUCUAUGAAGAAGGAGAUGUUGUUUUGGGAGGUCUAUUCCCACUGCAUGCUAAUCAAAUAUCGGCUUCACAAUCCUAUAAGAAGAGACCUCAGCCACCGAGUUACAAGUUUUUUAGUGCAAGAGCCCUACAGUGGAUGCAAACAAUGUCUUUUGCUGUCUGGGAAAUAAACCAACGCCAGGACCUACUUCCUUUUCUAAAACUGGGAUACCAUAUUCGAGAUAGUUGUGAUGACAUUCCAGCGUCAUUGCGAAGUUCACUCAUUCUUGUGAAUGGGCAGCCUGAACAUCACACAAACUACAGCUGUGCAGGGCUGCGUAGACCUGUGUCACCUGUUUUAAUUGGAGAUGCAGCUUCAGGAGUGACAAUGUCCCUUCUCAGAACUUUAGGGUCUUUUCAAAUUCCCAUGGUUAGCUACUUUGCCUCUUGCAAUUGUCUUAGCAAUCGAAAAGAGUUCCCUACAUUCAUGAGGACAAUGCCAAGCGACUCUUUCCAGAUAAAGGCUAUUGCUAAGCUUAUCAGGCACUUCAACUGGACGUGGGUGGGGGUGAUAGGGGCAGAUUCUGACUAUGCUCGUUUUGCUGUACAACUUUUCCUAGAGGAAUCUGCCAGGAUUGGUGUGUGUGCAGCUUAUGUUCACUUAUAUCCCCAAUCCAUGCCAAAGCAAUCUGUCAUAAAGCUGAUACACACUAUCAAAAGAUCUUCAGCCAAAGUGAUCCUGAGUUUUUCUGGGGAGCCAGAGUUGCACACAAUUUUAAGCGAGUGGAAAAAUCAAAAUGUCUCAAGGGUGCAGUGGAUUGCCAGUGAAGCUUGGUCAACAGGCAAUUCUCUGUGGAAUGAUUUCCAUGAUCUGUUGAUCGGAACGUUAGGGUUUGGGAUACGCAGGGCUGAAAUCCUGGGCCUGAAGUCUUUUCUGACCAGACUGAAAUCCUCUGAUGCCCUUGGGUCUGCACUCCUCGCAGAGUUCUGGGAGGAAACAUUUGACUGUAAACUAAAUGGGUCCCUAAACACACAUGUACACAGCAAUAAAAAUACCACCCUCAGCAGAAAACCGUGCACUGGGCUGGAGAACCUGGAAGAGGUGCACUCAGUAUAUACUGAUGUUUCCCAGCUCAGAGUGUCCUACAAUGUGUACAAGGCUGUUUACCUUAUUGCACAUGCACUGCACAACAUGAAAACCUGUGUGAAAGGAAACGGCCCCUUUGCCAAUGGGGAAUGCGCUGACCCUGAGCACUUCCUCCCGUGGCAGCUUUUUCACUACAUGAAACAGACCCGGUUCACCAUAUUGGGAGAGGAGGUCAGCUUCAAUGAAAACGGGGAUCCUAUUGCAUCAUAUGAUCUUGUCAACUGGCACCAGGGCCGUGAUGGCUCACUACAGUUGGUGAAGGUGGGGUUCUAUGAUGCCUCUCUGGGCAGAGAUGAGGACCUGCUCAUAAAUGAAUCGGCUAUUCAGUUUCAAGGACAGAAGGCAACCCUAUCAAUUUGCAGUGAAAGCUGCCAACCAGGUUCCAGGAAGGCCACUCGCAAGGGGCAGCCUGUUUGUUGCUAUGACUGUAUACCCUGUGCUGAAGGAGAGAUCAGCAAUGAAAUAGACUCUAUAGAGUGCAGGAGAUGCCCUGUGGAGACUUGGCCAAACCAAGGCAGAAAUGAGUGCAUUCCCAAAGUCAUAGAGUUUCUGUCCUAUCAUGAAUCAAUGGGAUUUGUUCUCUGUGUUGUCUCCGCUGUUGGAGCCUGUGCCACUACAGUGGUCUCUGGGGUGCUUGUUGCCCACAGAACAACUCCAGUAGUCCGUGGCAACAACAUGGAACUGAGCUUUCUGUUGCUGUUUUUCUUGGGUAUUUGCUUUUUGAUUGGGCUGACCUUUAUUGGGGAGCCCACAGACUGGUUCUGUAUGAUCCGAUAUACUGCCUUUGGAAUCAGCUUUGCCCUCUGCAUCUCCUGCAUUCUUGCCAAGACUGUGGUGGUCUUGAUGGCUUUCAGGGCCACACUGCCUGGCAGCAAUGCCAUGAGGUUGUUUGGGCCAACGCAGCAAAGGGCCAGUGUUCUCCUGUGCACUUCUGUGCAGGUUGUUAUCUGCCUGGUCUGGCUAACCACCAAACCACCCUAUGCUGCCCACAAUACCAAAUACCAGACUGCCAAGAUCAUUUUGGAGUGUGCUGUGGGGUCAGAGGUGGGAUUCUGGUGUGUUCUUGGUUACAUUGGGCUCUUAGCAUGCUUAUGUUUUGUUAUGGCGUUUCUGGCCAGAAAGCUGCCUGACAAUUUCAAUGAAGCCAAGUUCAUCACUUUCAGCAUGCUCAUAUUUUUUGCUGUUUGGAUCACCUUCAUCCCUGUAUAUGCCAGCACAUCAGGAAAGUACACUGUAGCUGUCCACAUUUUUGCCAUCCUUGCCUCUGCUUUUGGUCUCUUGAUCUGUAUAUUUGCUCCAAAGUGCUAUAUUGUCCUGUUGAAGCCUGAGAAAAACACCAGAAGACAGAUGAUGAUGAUGAAAAAGUAAAAUAAUGUUUUAAGAAAUAUACUAAAUAGAAAAUGUGUUUGGUAAUCAUUUUUAAAGUAUAUUUAUUAGUAUCGUAGGUAUUUCAUGGCUGAAAAUGUUGUAUAAAGCACUAGAGGAGUUAUGAAACUCAGCAAAUCCUGGUUUUCAUUGCAAGCAUAAUUGUCAUUCCUGAAGUGAAUUAACAAGUGGUUAAUUAUUCUUUAUGGACACUUCAAAUGUAUAAUGAGUGAAUGAGUAUUGGACCAUAUUAUUUCAUAAAAGACCAAUCCUGGAAUUGAAACAAAUAUUUGAAACCACUCGAUUUAUUUGUGAGUAUUGCUGGUACUCGUGAAUAAAAUUAUGUGACUGGUUGGAUCUUGAAGGGCAUAAUUAAAUAAAUUGUC